CUGUGUACAUGCUGUGAAUUAUCGAAGCGCGUGCAGUUUACCCAUUGUAGGUGUUUUGCGUAGUGAAGUACCGCUAGCAUUCAUCUCACUUUCUGAAGACGCUACUCAAAGUCAUGGGUGAACCAGUGUCUGAAAUGUGUGAUCAUCUCAUCAAAGCUGUUAACGUGAUGAUGGACGCGGAAUCUAGCCAAAUAUAUCGUCUGGAGGCCCUAAAGUUUUGUGAAGAAUUCAAAGAGAAGUGUCCCUUCUGUGUUCCAUGUGGGCUACAGUUAGCAGAUAAAGCCCAAACAGCAGUGGUGAGGCACUUUGGUCUACAGAUACUGGAGCAUGUCAUCAAGUUCAGAUGGAACAACAUGCCACAGCAGGAGAAAGUCCAGCUGAAGAACUGUGCCAUGGGGCUGUUGUCAACUGGCACCUAUCCUAUCCUGGAGGAGGAGAGCCACAUCAAGGACGUUCUCGCACGGAUCAUAGUGGAGAUGAUCAAGAGAGAAUGGCCUCAGCACUGGCCUGACAUGCUCAAGGAGAUGGAGGCACUCACCAGCAUAGGGGAGGCCCAGACAGAGCUGGUGAUGUUGAUCCUGCUGCGGCUGGCAGAGGACGUGAUCACCUUCCAGACCCUGCCCACCCAACGCCGUAGGGACAUCCAGCAGACCCUCACCCAGAACAUGGAGAGCAUCUUUAGCUUCCUGCUCACCAUCCUGCAGCUCCACGUCGACGAGUACCGCAAACUGAAAAAAAUACCAGGCCAAGAAUUGCAGGCCAAGGCCCACUGUCGUGUAGGCGUGGCUGCGCUGAACACCCUGGCAGGCUACAUAGACUGGGUGGCCCUGGCCCACCUCACCAACGACAACUGUCGCCUGCUGGAGAUAUUGUGUCUGCUGCUCAGUGAGACCGAGCUGCAGCUGGAGGCUGCUGAGUGCCUGCUCAUCGCCAUCAGCCGCAAGGGGAAGCUGGAGGACAGGAAACCACUGAUGGUGCUGUUUGAUGAUGUCGCCAUGCACUACAUCCUGUCUGCAGCACAGUCUGCAGAUGGAGCAGCAACAUGCAACAAAUCGUCUCCAACACAGCCAGUGGCGGGGUUGGUGGAGAGACACUACACAUUCCUGAAGAGGCUAUGUCAGGUCCUGUGUUCCCUGGGCAGCCAACUAUGCUUCUUAGUGGGUUCAGAUGUGGAGGUAGAGGUACCUGCAAAUCUCAGCAAGUAUACAGAAGCAUUCCUGGCCUUCACCACUCACCCAAGCCAGUUCCUAAGGUCUUCCACCCAGAUCAUGUGGGGAACCCUGUUCAGACAUGAGAUUCUCUCCAAGGAUCCUGUCAUCAUCCAGAUGAUAAUCAAGUACUUUAGAGCCACCAUGACCAACCUAGUCAAGACUGGUUUUCCUUCCAGGAACGACAGUCCCAGCUGUGAGUACUCCCGUCAUGACUUCGACAGUGACGAAGACUUCAACUCCUUCUUCAACUCGUUCCGAGCGCAGCAGGGGGAGGCGGUCCGGAACGCGUGUCGUAUCGUUCCCUUGGAGGGCUUCCAGAUUGCAGCAGAGUGGCUGCAGUAUCAGAUCAGUACACCCAUUGACAUCGGGACCACUGUGUCUAAGAUGGCUGAGGGGCUGUGCUCUAUCCUGUCUCCGUCAGCGGUCCAGUGGGAUGCUAUGACCUUCUUCACAGAGAGUGUUGUGGGACAGAUGUUCAAGAACGUAGAGGUUGAGAAGUUGCCAGUAGACCAGGGCAUUGAGCUGCUGCAGGCUGUGUUAAACUACAACACCCAAGACCCUCUCAUCCUGUCCUGUGUCCUCACCAACCUCUCCUCCCUCUUCCCCUUCGUCACACACCGACCUCACUUCCUGCCUCAGGUCCUCUACAAGCUGUUUGCCUCCAUCACAUUUGAGGUGGUAGAGGAGAGCAAGGCGCCACGGACGCGUGCAGUGAAGAAUGUCAGAAGACACGCAUGCUCCUCCAUCAUCAAAAUGUCUCGAGACUACCCAUGGUUCAUUCUGCCAUGUUUUGACAUACUGUAUAAUCAGGUGAAGAAGCUGUUCUCCAACGAGGCCCUGUUGACCCAGAUGGAGAAGUGUGCUCUGAUAGAGGCCUUGGUUCUCAUCAGUAACCAGUUCAAAGACUACACCAAGCAGAAGGCCUUCCUGGAGGAGCUCAUGGCCACCGUGUCCGCUCGCUGGACCUCCGACGAGAUGAGGCAUGUGCUGUGGGAUCCUGCUCUGUUCCUGGCCUUCGUUGGUGCUGAUCAGCUGGUGGCUGAAGGCACAGACCACACAACAGGCAUCAACAGGUCACGGUUGAGUUUCUGUGUGUACACCAUCCUGGGGGUGGUGAAGAGGGCCCGCUGGCCGGCUGACCUGGAGGAGGCUAAGGCGGGGGGCUUCGUGGUGGGCUACACCCCUACUGGAGCCCCAAUCUACAGAAAUCCCUGCACCUCCCAGGUCCUGGCCAUGCUGCCCAACCUGCUCGCCCUCAUCAGAACACACAACAAUCUGUUCCUGCCGGAGAACAUGUGUCGUCUGAGUGAGACGUUCUCCAGGGCCUACGAGGUGAUCGAGGUGGAGAGGAACGUGGUUCUAGGCCUGCCACAGCCAGUCCUGGACAUCUAUGACUCUCCCGUUUAUAAGACUCAUCUAGAGCGCAUGCAGGGUUUCUUCUGUACCCUCUAUGACAACUGUUACCAUAUCCUGGGGAAUGCAGGCCUAUCAUUGCAGCAGGACUUCUACACCAUCGAGGGAUUGGCUGAACAGAUCGUUGGUUCCGCCUUAAUCUCCCUCGACAACGUGCCUGACCACAGACUCCGCCCCAUGCUCCGGGUGUUCCUGAAGCAGUUGGUGCUGUCGUGUCCUCCGGAGUACUACGACAGUCUGCUCUGCCCCCUGCUGGGCCCUCUGUUCGCCUACAUGCUUCAGAGACUCAACAUCAGGUGGCAGAUCAUCAACCAGAGGAGUACUGUCAGUAUGGAGGAGGACGAGGACGAGGUGUGUGAGGAGAAACACGUGACCCAGGAGAUGCUGGAGGAACAGCUGGUUCGUCUGGUCACCAGAGAGGUUCUGGACCUGCUCACUCAUGCCUGCAUACUGAAAAAAGUGCCUGAGCCAGCAGGGAAUAAGGAGGAUGUGGAUGAUGAGGAGAUGAUGUCCACUGAGUCCCAGGCAGUCACAGCCAAUCCAGCCCAGCCAACAGGCGAAAUGACUGAGCUGGGGAAGUGUCUCCUCAAACACGAGGACAUCUAUAUGACCUUGUUGACUAUCUCGUUCACCUCUCUGUCCUGGAAGGACACCAGUAACUGUCACCGCACCGCCUCCAUGGUCUGCUGGACCCUGCUACGACAGGUUGUAGGGGGGAACCUUUUGCCAGAGGCGGUCACAUGGUUCUAUGCCAGUGUUCUGAAGGGUCUGCAGAUGCACGGGCAGCACGAGGUCUGUAACUCGGCCCUCACACAACUGGCCCUGGUUAUAUACGAGAACCUGCGGCCGCGGUACCUGGAGCUAAGGAGUGUGAUGACUCAGAUCCCCAGCAUUAAUCUGGAGGCUCUGGACCAGUACGACCAGCGGCUGCUGGAGCCCAGCUCCGCCCAGAAGGUGGGAGAGAAGAAGAGGAAGGACCAGUUCAAGAAGCUCAUCUCCGGCACCGUGGGGAAAGCUCUUGGCCAGCAGUUUAAAAAGGAGGUACAUAUCCGAAAUCUUCCGUCUCUCUUUAAGAAGCCCAAGCCAGAGAAAAGAGACAUUGUGGAGCCCAGUGAGAGUGGAGCACUAGCAGCUCUCUUCUCCCCAACACGGGACAACAUCUAGGAGAACAUAGCAGCACAGAGAGGCCCUCAGACUGGACUAACACACACACACACACACAUACACACACUACAAUCAGCUGUUACAGGACUUUGACUGGACUAACACACACACACUUUUUUCCCCUCCAGUGUAAUUUUGCUCCUGAAGGAUAUGCUCACCAAGGGUAUGACGUCUCUAUCCUAUUGAUCAACAGUAGGAUGAAUGGACUCUACAAACUGUGGACAAAGGGAAUCAGAAUAUUCUGUCAUGGACUGAACCCUGCUAACCUGUCAUAAAUAUUUAUCCAAAUAAUGUGAGGGUCUGUUUGCCUUGAUCAGAAAUAUGGAACAAUAUGUCUGAAGACCAUGAUGGUGAUGAAGAAGAGGGUUAUUGUUCUUAAAGAGGACAUGGCUGUUGCCAUAAACCCUGCAGGUUGUACAUGGUAACAACACAUUGCAUCUAUACAGCUCAUAUCCUCACUAGCACAACAUAUUUAGCUUACAUUGUGUUUUGGUGUCUCCGCUAACAUGGACCAUCCACAUAGGCGCUAAGCAUAGAGAUAGAUCGAGGCUCUGAUUGUUUAUCUAUACCAUUAUAGCGUCUGACAUUAUGGGCAGCGCCAUGGAGGCUACAACCCAUAGGAAUCCCCACCCAGUUGACUACUUGACUAUUUUAAAAUGGUGGAUGAUUGCAAUGCCCAUGCUAAAGUGGGUUAUAGCCAUGAUGAGUGCUCUAUCUAUGGUGCUAAACGACAGCAGCCAUUUUGUGCCAGAAGAACCCGAAUGAGAUCCAGUGAGCACGUCUGAGGUGGGAGAAUUCAGAGUAGUCUGCUGUAUAAGGAGAGCUAUCAUCAAUCCAAGCCAAGGUUUUGUACAGGAUCAUUACUCUAUCGAUGGAUGAGGUUGUCAAGUAGAACCGUCAUUGGUGUGACAUUUUGUUUUGCACUGGUGGUUCUCCCAGAUAUGAACGAAUGAGAAACCAGCACUACAUUCCUCGUAUGUUAAAGGGAUAGUUUGCUGCAACAAGUUUUGUCAGGCGUUAUUGUUUGUAAAAACUGACUGACUAGUGGAGAGCUCAUAUUUUAUGCCAUCUGUUUUGUAGGUAACAUUGUAUACAUUUGGAAAAGAUCUACAGGAUAGGGAAAGGGAAAGAGUAUACCUAGUCAGUUGCACAUCUGAAUGCAUUCAACUGAAAUGUGUCUUCCACAUUUAACCCAACCCAUCUGAAUCAGUCCUCAAUCCCAAAUGAAUGGAAUAGAAGCUAGCCACCAACUACUAUAACUCAAGUUCAUAUGGUGCCUGUCUAUUUCCCAUUCAUUUGGUAUUAAGGCAUACAGAAUGAUUUACACUAAAGAUGUCAUAAUGGACUCCUCUAUAAUAUGGACUCUGUUACAUCAAUGAUCAGUUGUGAUUUUUUUGUGAACUACCCCUAUAAAUCUCCUCACCCUGUCAAUGAUUGUUUUGUUCACACGUGGCCCUUUUUUCCUACUCCACACUAAGGAAAUAAUGAUCUGUACUUGUUCAGGUGACAAACUAUUUAAAACUAGUGCUGUUUAGACUUUUCUGUUUUUAAAUAAAAGUGGACUUGAAAGUCAUUUUAAAUGGUU